AUGAGUUCUGUACCUACAACCAACAAAAUUGGUUUUAUUUCUAGAACAUUAUGGCCUGAUAUAAUUCAAACACCGCAGAAUAAAUGGAUUUAUACCUGUGCUGAAAUUAUAGGACAUUUAAAUAAAUCACCUAAUUCAUCCAAUAUUAAAAAAAAAAUGGAAAGAUGUUUGGCAUAUUUUUAUCAAAUGAAAAAGAUUUUAUCGUUAAUGGAUCAUACCUAUACCGCUGCUUGUAUUUUAUUUUUCAGAUACUGGAUUCUUUACGAAUUGCCACCAACAAUUCCAGAAUGUAUCUAUUUGUCUCAAACCAUUUUAGUAACCGCUUGUAAGAUAUCUGAAAACAAUAGACCAAUCCAAGCAUAUGUUAAAGCCACUAGCGAAUAUUUUAAUGGCGGUAGCAAUAAUAAUGUGGCUAGUGAUUAUAAAAAGAAACAACAGCAAAUUGAAAAAAUGAAGUGGGAAAUAAGAGAUCGUUUAGUUGCCAAUGAAAAAUUGUUUUUAUGCAAGAUCGGCUUCGAUAUUUGUAUUGAAAAUCCAAAAUUUUUAUUGGAACAAAUUUUUAAUGAUUUUUACAGGUAUACUAGAGAUGCUGAUGAUUUUGAUGAUUAUUUCAAGCAUGUUUUUCCAAGAAUUUUACAGGAAUGCAGGGCAUUUAUUGUUCAAGCGGAAACGCAUCCUGUUUCUUUGUUGUGUGAUGGGUACCAAUUUGUACAAUUAGGGUUAAUAUGGUGCGGUGUCCAAUAUAAGAAAAGACACGAAGAGUUUAAGUUCCCCAAAAAUUUCUUCCAAAAAAGAUUUCCGAAAAGAAUUGAUGUUGUACAAAUGUCAGAUUUAUUUCACAAUUAUUUGAAGUUAGAAAAUGCCUUUUUAUCUUUGCGAAGCAACAAGGGUGGUUUAUUAAGCGUGAGCUCAGAAGAGAUAAAAAGAAUAAUAGAUGAAACAGAAGAGGAAAGCGGAGAUUCUAAUAAUGAGGAUGAAAUAUCUGAUGUAAAUUUCAAUCUAGAUUUUUAUUAUAAUCAAGUCAAAAAUGGUGAAGAAAACGAAGCAUAUUUAUCAUAUAUGGAAGAUAGAAUAUUACACUUAUAUGAAGAUAGUAACACAAGUGGCGAUUCCUUGUCCUCCUCACUUUCCUCAUCAGGUUCCAAGAAAAGGUACUCGGAAAAUAAGGAAGCUUCUACUGCAAAAAGAUCAAAAGCCUGA